AUGGCUUCCAACCCCCCCGCUGCCUGCUGCGCCUCUGGCUUCAAGCAUGAGGGUAACGCCCGGGGCGAGAUGAAGAACAUUGACGGCAUCGAAACCUACAUCGUCCACCCCAAAAACAGCACCGACAAAGCCGUCGUCAUCCUGCCCGACAUCUUCGGCAUCUACAUCAACGCCCAGCUGCUCGCCGACGAGUUCGCCGCGAAUGGCUACCUCUGCGUCAUCCCCGACCUCUUCCGCGGCGAUGCCAUCAAGCUGAGCGAUAUGGAGUCUGGCAAGGCGGACUUGCCUGCUUGGCUGCCUAACCACUCUGUUGAUAAGAUCGAUCCUGUUGUUGAGGCGUCGAUUAAGUAUGUUCGGGGGUUGGGCGCUAAGCGUGUUGCUGGUGUUGGGUACUGCUUUGGUGGGAAGUACGUCUGCCGCUUCCUGAAAGAAGGCAAGCUCGACGUCGGAUACACCGCGCACCCCUCGUUCGUCACCCCCGAGGAGCUCGGCGGCAUCACGGGCCCUCUGUCCAUCGCCGCGUCCGAAAUCGACCAGAUCUUCACCACCCAGCUCCGUCACGAGUCCGAGGGCAUCCUCAUCAAGACCGGCCAGCCCUGGCAGAUCAACCUGUUCGGCGGCGUCUCGCACGGUUUCGCUGUCCGCGCUGAUCUCAGCAACAAGCACAUCAAGUGGUGCAAGGAGCAGGCUUUCUGCCAGGCUGUGGUGUGGUUCAACCAGUAUCUAUAA